AUACAAUCAUAUAUUGUAUAUAGGCCUAUCGGUACAUGGAAUAUAUGGAAGUGAACUCUGCAGAAAGGAGCUAGAUUGCGUCACGAUCAGAUUAUUCUGCGCGCAGUCCGACUGCACUGGAAGCGCUGGCGUACAAAAACAAAGUGUCAACAAGUAGAGCAAUUCAGUUGAUCUUCAACAUUCAUUGCUUUGAUUCGACGUGUUAAUGUCAUACAAAUCGCGAAGUAGCAUUUAGGAAAUGUUAACGGAAAUACUUUUAUGCAUUUGUACCGUGUUCUCUCUUUACUUAUCCUAUCGCUAUGCAGUUGGCCGUCCCGAAGGAUUUCCGCCGGGUCCGCCGCGCAUACCGCUCUUUGGCAGUUAUUUAUUCAUGAUGCUGGCUAAUAAGAAAUACUUGCAUAAAGGUGUUUUGAAGUUCACCAAGUGGUAUAAGUCUGAUAUUGUGGGCUUUCAUGUCGGCAGCUUUCCCGUUGUGGCGGUGCAUAAUUACGAGGGCGUAAGGGAAGUUUUGAAUAGGCGAGAAUUUGAUGGACGUCCAGAAAUAUUUUUAGCAGAGAUGCGUGCACCGAAGGAUGAAUUGUUGGGCAUCUUCUUCCGUGACGGUCCAGUGUGGAAAGAACAGCGUCGUUUCAUUUUACGCUAUCUUCGUGAUUUCGGUUUUGGUCGACGCUACGCUGAACUUGAAUCAGUCAUUCAAGAGGAGAUAACUGAUCUUUUAGAUCUUAUUCGAAAUGGUCCACGUUAUACGCAUGAACGAGAAAUAUCAAAGCCCGGCGGCUAUAGAGUUUGUGUGCCAAAUUUAUUUAGCCCGUUCACAUACAACUCCUUCUUUCACAUCAUGAUGAAUGAGCGACGGCCACGUUCAGAACAGGGCGAGGUAUUGCAAUUGAUUAAAAUGGGUAUGCAAUUUCAGCGCAACGGUGAUGAUUAUGGGAAAAUGCUAUCUGUAAUACCGUGGAUUCGCUUUAUAUUUCCCAAAUGGAGCGCCUAUGAUGUUUUGACGGAGGCGAAUAAAUUUCUUUAUGAGUAUUUCGCGAAAAUUGUCGAUGAACAUAUUGCCACAUAUGAUGAGUGUAGUGAGCGAAAUUUUCUCGAUUUAUAUAUAAAACAGAUGAAGCUCGAGCAUGCGGAGCAGCAAGUGGAUGUUUAUUAUCGCACUCAAUUCAUAAUGGGUUUGAUAGAUUUUGCUUUCCCUGCGUUUACAGCGCUUGGCGUACAAAUGACAUUUUUGCUACAACACCUUCUUCUUCAACCGGAAGUGAUGAAACGUAUACAAGCGGAAAUAGAUGAGGUUGUAGGUAGAGGGCGUUUGCCCACACUUGAAGAUAGAAAGAAUUUACACUUUACAGAAGCUGCUGUUCGUGAGGGCUUGAGAAUUGAGACGUUAGUGCCAUCAGAUGUACCACACAAAGCAUUGGUGGACACGGAGCUAAUGGGCUACAAGAUACCAAAGGAUACCAUUGUUGUGCCUAGCUUGUAUGCUUUCCAUGCUGAUGAACGCACCUGGGGUGAUCCACAGACAUUUAGACCGGAACGCUUUCUGGAUGAAAACGGAAAGCUCUCGCUGAAGAAGGAUGUGUCACUUCCUUUCGGCGCGGGAAAGCGUCUUUGCGCGGGAGAAACAUUUGCACGAAAUAUGCUAUUUCUUUUGACUGCAUCACUUUGUCAAAAUUUCAAUUUUACUUUAGGUCCGGAGGACUCGUUGCCAGAUUUAUCGAAAAAUUUUAACGGUUUAAUUACAACUCCCUAUGAUUUCUGGUUGCAAUUAGAAGAAAGAAACUGAUUGUUAAAUUUCUUUGCUCUAUAUAUUUAUGUGUUUAUGUAAAAAGAUGAAAUUAAUAAUAAUAAACGAAAAUAAAUAUAA